UUAGUGUGUGUUUCUCUUUCACACGUGGGGAUUUAACAAUUCUCAGCUCUCACCAACAUGGCCGCGUGCAGUGUGGAAGAGCUGUUAGUCAAAGCUGAGCAAGAAGAGGCAGAAAAACUGAAAAGCAUCACUGUGAAGAAAGAGCUUGACCUGGAGUUUGACAUCGGUAACCUGCUAGCUUGUGACAAAAACACCAUCGAGUCGCGGGACUUUAGAGAGCAGAAGAAAGACGACUUCCUACGGCUGUUAGCUCGUGACAACACGCAGCUGCUCAUCAACGAGAUCUGGAAACAACCCACGGAAAGGGUCGAGGAGGCGAUAGUGUCCAAAAUACCAGAGCCGACGACCCCGCUGCCCAGAGAGAAGCCACCUCCGAAGCCUAAAGCUCCAACAAAAUGGGAAGAGUUCGCCAAGCUUAAGGGCAUACAGAAGAAGAAGAAGACCAACCUGGUUUGGGAUGAGACCGCGAAGGAGUGGAAGAGGCGCUGGGGCUACAAGAGGGCCAAGGAUGACACCAAGGAGUGGCUGAUUGAGGUGCCGGAGACCGCAGACCCAAAUGAGGACCAGUUCGCCAAACGCACCAAAGCUAAGACUGAGAGAGUGGCCAAAAACGAGUUCAACAGGCUGAAGAACAUCGCCAGGGCGCAGAAGGUCAAACUGCCAGGUGUGGGGCUGACGCCUAGAGCCCAGCAGUCCAAAGACGACCUGUCAAAAGCUGUAAGUGUGGCCAAAACCUCCACAGCAUCUGUGGGGAGGUUCCAGGACUGCCUGCCUAAAGAGAAACCACCAAAGAACACAGGCAAGAAGAGGAAGUUUGAGCCCCUCAUCGGCAACUUUUCUAGUGAGAAGCAGAAGCAGCUGGAGCUUCUGAAACUCAUGGACAGCAAGAAGCCCAAGUUGGACAUCACCAAGGCUGUCAAUAAGCAGAUGAGAGAGGACGACAGAGAGGAGGCCUCAGCUAAGUACAAGAAGGGAGCAGGGAAGAAAGGACGCAAAGGCAACAUGUCAGGAAAGGGCAAAGGAAAUGGUGGGAAAGGAAAAGGAGGCAAAGGAAAAGGAGGUAAAGCUGGAGGAGGAGGAGGAGGAGGGAAGAGGAGAGGCAAACCUGGGAAGCAUUGAGGACUCUAACAUCCUGUAUCCUGCUAUAUCUGUUUGUGCCUUGGCAUCAAAACAUUGGACUGAACAUGAAUGAUGCAAUAUAAAAUGACUGUUUGAUUAACCUGUGAAUGAUGGAUGCAAUGUUGUGACUGUCUAUUUCACUGUGUUUAUACUGUCAUCACAUCUGUAAAUAUCAGUCUCAGCAUUCAUGGAAGCUAACUGGUAAUAUGUGUAAUAUUGAUGGAAAAAUACUUUAACUGCAGCCCAAAUUAAAAUCACUAGAUUGUGUUUUAAUUCUGUUUUUUUUUUUUAAUUAAAUGCAGAAUUUAUAAAGUCACAGCUAUGAAACCUCUUUACAGACCUUCAUAGCUGUUUUGUUUGUUUUUUACAUUUGACUUGUAAUAGCAGGAGGACAGGUGUAACUAACAGCAUUACAACAACACAAUCCUACAUGUAUUCACUGAAUCCUUGCAAACUGUAUGCAAUGGUCAUUUCCUCAAAGAUGACAGAUGGCAAAGAUAAAAGUUAAAAAGAUUUCCUUCUAAAAAAUAGUUUUUGACAACAUGACAUUUUGAUCCUAGUUAGUCUUUUACAAUAAGCAAACACACAUCGUAGCAGCUGCACUGGAAUACCCAAAUGGAUUGCAAUUGUUCUAUUAAUCACCCCUGUGUUUUUCCUGCUAUGACAUGUCAAAGUGUCAGCUGAGGAAAAGACAUUUCUAAUGAGUCAGGCUGCUUAACUAAAGCUGUGCAGCAAGUCUGUAGUUGUGGGUCAUAUGGGGGAAAAGUCCAUAUACGUCUAAUAUAUGAUGUAUGUAAUAUUUUCUGAAAAAUCAGUUUAAAAAAUGUUCUUCGAUAAAAAUAAACUUGUAGCAGAAGGAG